GAUACGCUGAAAGGGAUUGAGAGCAGCAGCCGCUGAAAAGGUGGAGAACCCAUAAAAAAGGACAAAGAAAUUGUAUACUCACAGCGAAUUUUUCGGCAUAAUGAGUUCGCUCUUGCCCCCCUAAAAACCGGAGCACCUCAAAUGCAAAUUGAUAUUAAGCCGCCAAUCAUAAUCAGCACCGAAAUUAAUUAAACACGGCAGCCAGUCAACACAAUAAGUAAGCAGCAACCAUGGCCUCGCCACCGGAGAGUCCCAUCGAGGAGGUGGUCUAUGAGUUGGAACACACACGAGUGCCUAAGCCCAUUCCCGUUGCCCUCGAGGAUCUGUGCCGGCAGACCAAGUUCACCAAACAGGAAAUCCGGGUCAUGUACAGAGGAUUCAAAACGGAAUGUCCAGAGGGCGUGGUGCACGAGGAUUGUUUUAAGGAUAUUUACGCCAAAUUCUUUCCACAUGGCAAUUCGAGUUUAUACGCUCAUUAUGUGUUCAAAGCGUUCGAUGUUAAUUGCAAUGGCGCCAUUAGUUUUCGGGAUUUACUGGUCACCUUGUCGACGCUGCUGAGGGGUUCGGUUUACGAGCGACUGCGUUGGACCUUCAAGUUGUACGAUUUAAACGGCGAUGGAAGGAUCAGUCGCGGCGAACUCAGCGAAAUCAUUUUGGCCAUUCACGAGCUUAUGGGUAGGAGACCACAUCAACCUGAGGACGAUCGCAAGGCGAGGGAUCAGGUCGAUCGAGUGUUUCGCAAACUGGACUUGAAUCAGGAUGGCAUUAUAACGAUAGAGGAGUUUUUGGAGGCCUGUUUGAAGGACGAUUUGGUAACGCGAUCGCUGCAAAUGUUUGACAACGACCUUUGAUGACAAGAGGGCGAGCUUGAGCCAGGCCUACGCAAUUCCAGGACUAUAAUAUCUCUUAUAGAUCUUUAAAUGCAAUAAGCAACGCUAAGAAAUUGACAACCCUUAAAA